CUGCAGAGCUCACACCGGUACCUACCAUCCUUAAUGAUCCCACGGGCCGCCCAGGCCCCGACCAAUCGGGAUGAGAUGGUGGUAGCUAAGACCGUCCUACCCCGAAAGGGAAUGGUCCGGCUUCAAGCUAUUGGUGUCUCGAAGAGUGAUAGCAAGUCUUCCGAUCAAAAAAGGGGGCACCGCCCUGCUCCCCAGAAUCACCGCAAACUCCAGUUGAAGCAGAAAGAAGCCAUAAGAAGGGUCAGUAAUGGUACCAGCGAGGGGGCGAAGGAGCCCACUACACUCAAGCACGUUCUGCUAGAACUUGAGGAGACUGAUGUUGCACCAGGCCGCAAACCGAUGCAGCAUGGCAAGGGGGUUCAUGCUAAGGACGCAAAUAAGAAAACUCCGGGUGCUCUCGGUCAACAGACUGUUUCCGUUGCCAUGAAAGCCGCAAAACGACAAUUCGACACAGGAGAACUGCAGGGCAAAAUGUUGACGGUUUUUUCACAUCAAUAAUCCUGUCGAUGCUGAU